CUUCUCCGCCGUCGGCCAUCUGUCCCCCUUCAUGUCGCGCAACGCGGACGACCUCCUGGCCGAGUACUGCCCCCUGACGUCCGGCGGCGGGCUCGUGCUCCUCUGCCGCCGCCACCCGUCACCCGCCCGCUCCUCCCUCUGCGUCUACGACCCCUUCACCGGCCACCGCGUCUUCCUCCGGGCCCCGCCGGGCGCCCAUGAAGGCCACCUCCGCAGCCGCAGGAGCCUCCUGCUGCUCACCGCCGCGGAGGACGGGAUCGGCUUCCCCUUCCUGCUCAUCUUCUUCCACGACCCGGGCAUCAAGUUCUCCGGCAAAAAAAACAGCAGCAGCAGCAACGGCAACACGCGCGUCAUCCAAGUCCACGUCGCCGCCGCGCCGUGCGGUGCCUUGGGGGAAGAACCCGUCGCGAUACUCCGUGACGAUGCCUUCUCGCAGCUCUGGCCCGAGACCCGGCCGUACCCCGUCGUCCUCCCCGGCGGCGUCAUCCACUGGCUGCUGCCGCACGGCCGCGAGAUCCUCACCUACGACGUCCUCGCGGCGAACCCCGGCAGCAGGGUGAAGCUCCCCGCGGCCCUCGUCAAAGCAGAUAAUCAAGGGCUCCUCCAGCUCCACCUGGCGUCCUACACCUCGCCGGACGACGGGCGGAAGCUGCUGAAGCUGCUCGUGGCCGACGGGCUCAAGAUCUCCGUGUGGCGGCAGCUCUCUGGCGGCGGCGGUUGGGAGCUGGAGGAGGGCGUGAUCGACGCGGAGGAGAAGCUGCGGGAGCUGGACCCCGACUUCGUUCCCGGCCAGCGUCCUCUGGUUGGCUUCGCGUGCUUCGGGGAGAGCAGCAGUGGCAUGGUGUUGCCGAUGAUGCUCAAGGGUGUGUUUGCUUCCAGGUCGUCGCACCGUGUUCCGCACAUCCUUGUUGAUUUGGAGACCAGGGAGAUGACGUGGAAGCCACGGGACUCUUCGACCGACUCCUCGGCGCUGCUAAUAAUGGAGGUCGACUUGCCGUCUCGGCUACGAGCCAUGAAAGUUUUUUCCUAGCUAGUUCGCUAACUUUAUUAAUUAAACUUCCUGUACCGUCGUUGCAUUGCACUGCUAACUAUUUGUAUAGGGCCGGAGUGUUUUACACCUAAUAGUUGAUCGGUUGCACACAUUUUAUGUAUGGACGAGACUAGUGAGUGGCCGUUGGCUGGUUAAACCCAACAAGUCAACGCCCCGUAUAUGGCAAGUUCUCAAUGAUUGUCAAUAAAAUCAGAAACCCCCGUCCCGC